CCGCCCCUAAAACAGACGAACAACAAAAAUGGAGUUGUGAACUAGUAGCAAGUUAGCUUCAGAAGGACGUUCAAUUUCAGUUUUUGUGUAAUUACCUUUACAUGGGCGGAAUUUCCCACUGAUUUGAAGUGGCGGGAUGCGAUCAUAUCAAAACCAUACGUAGUUGAUUUUUGUAGCAACCGUAAGAAGCUGUCGAACGGGUAAACAACCCGGUAUCUUGGCUACGACAAAGACAACAAGGCUUAGUGGCUAGCUAGCUAAAGCAGUAGCAUCUGCUCGUUUUCACUCUCUCUGUGCUCAGGAAGAAGAACGGGACUCGGACAGAAAUGGAGAAGGGAGACUUCUUGAAGGGACUACCUGUCUACAACAAAAAUAACUUCAGCAGGUUCCAUGCAGACUCUGUAUGUAAAGCAUCAAACCGUCGACCAUCUGUGUAUCUUCCAACCCGGGAAUAUCCAUCAGAGCAAAUAAUCGUCACAGAGAAGACAAACAUCCUACUGCGAUAUCUUCAUCAACAGUGGGACAAAAAGAAUGCAGCCAAAAAGCGAGAGCAGGAUCAACCAGAGGGGGAGAACACGGCGCCUCCACGGAAAAUUGCUAGAACAGACAGUCGGGAGCUGAACGAGGAUUCAUAAAUUGCUGUGCUGUUGAUGCACACCCAGCAGAGACUGACCUGUACAAACAAUGCAUACACAGAUGCAGGAUAUAUGUUUGCAAACCCAGGCCUUGACACUGAAGCACACAAGGGGUGAUACAUUUCAGACCACAGUCGCAUGACAUUAAUCCCAAAAAACAUUGGUCUUAAUGUUUGCAGUUGACUUCAGAUUUCUUCUUUAACCAAAAACUUCUUUCCCUCAGUUUAUUUACUACUUUCUCCCAGUAUUUUCUUUACUUCUAAGAGACCUCUGCCUCAGAGUAUUUGUAGUUUGAAAAUAACAUACAUCUACCUCCUUAUUCCUCAACCCCUCUGGUUUUCUUUUAAAUAUGCAGGGAGUGAAGUCAUUGCUCCUCUGCUGCUAUUUAAGGGUUUACAGAAGUUAUUCAUACCAUUUCUGAGAUAUGCACGAUUUUGGUUUAGUCUAUAUAAGUGAGAUGUCAUCUUUUGUGGCUCCUACUCCAUUAGGAAUUUUUAGUUUUGAAAUAUGUAAUGACAGUGACCCUUAAAAUUUUAUUUUAGCUCAUCAUUUAUGUGACUACUGUCAUUACAGUAACUGAAAAUAAAACUGCACUCUGUUCGUUGCUUAGGUUUAAUUAUCCAUUCAGGGUUUGCUAUGGACUGUUGUGGAAAAAUUGAGUUCUGAAAGAAAUGUUUUCACCCGAUGAAUAAUGAUUUAUUGCCUUAAAUGGAAGUGAGUGUGUUUUCACUGUGUCUUAGAGUGCCCCCUUGGUUUACAUUGUUGAACCACUGUUGAGUUAAAUAUAUAUUAGCAUGUCUUUUCAAUAAGAACACAUUCAAGCCAACACAGUCACACUAGAAUGCAAACUCUUUUUUUACAGUGUGACCUGCAGAUUUUGUAGCCAAGUUUGAUGCUCAGUAGUUUAAGAUCACCACUUUAUAAGCAGCGCUUGUAUCUCUAAUUGCAAGGUUAGCACAAUAUUUUAUGGAAUAUGGGUGAUUACUGCAGGUGUUUAGCUGUACAGAUGUGUAGGCUACUCAUAAGGACUGCUAUCCAUCCUUGUUAUAAAUGUGCCAUUGACAUUUGCUUAAAUAGGUUGAUCAUUUGAAUCAUAAUGAGGGAACGUAUGUUUGGAUCUACAAGCUUUUAGCAGCAGGGCUAAAUAAACAGUCUGUGUUUGUUGCUCUUGAAGUCAGUGACGCUCAUCAUAAUGCUCCACAAGUCUUGUAUAUUUGUACAGUAUGUAUAUUGUGAUUUUUCUGACCCUUCUGAACCCACUUUAUCAGGCAACAAGACACUGACUCACUCUUGUUUUUUCUCCCCAAGUCAGCCAUAAUGUGAUUUCAUGUUGAUUAGCCAAUUAGUUCUCCCGUGUUGGAGGGAUAUAGGUCAGAGUUUGGUCAAAACAAAGGAAAGCAUUUUAUUUUAUUUUAUUUGCACCUUUCAAAACAUCACUUUGCGUAUCUGUUAAGAUAAAUCUGCUGCAAAUUGUGUUUUCCACAUUUUCAAUAAUGUUUGGCACAAAAGACAGUUGAGUUUAAUGUACAUUUGUAACUUUUUGUUACAGAUUGCUGUUGAAAGGUUACGGAGUAUAUGUUCAGCUAGGCUGAUUUAUGUAAGUCAAAACAAGUAGGAUACACACUGACUGUAAGUUCCCUCUGUAUGAGUUUAAACCAGAGAAAUGCAGUGUUUUAGUUUCCCAACUCUUCAUAGAAGAGUGCUAAUUCUACAUUUGUCAUAUGGCUUGUAUUACAUCAUUGGAUUAAGUUUGGAAUGUGUUUUUUGUUUCAUGCUUUGCUUUGAGUUUACUGUAUAAAUGUAUUGUUGUCAAUUUUAGAUCUUGUUCUUGUAUAGAAUACACUAUGACAUACAGUAAAGGCUGUAACUCAUAGUAAACAGCAACACUGAGGAACA